AUGCCAAGCCGAGCAGUCGUGAAUAAAUUGAAAGUUUGUGAAAUUCCAUCUGAAUUAAAAAGAUUAAAUAAUCUUGAAAAACAUUUGAUUGCUUUACAAUUACCUUUUAUGAAAAUUGUAAAUUUAACAUCAGGAAAAUUAUCGA